AUGUCUGACGGUGAAGCAGAAAAUGUGAAGGUAGCAGUGCGAGUGAGACCAUUUAUAUCCUUUUAACUUGUUUUACAACGUAAUUCUACCUCUACAAUUUAAUUUACAACACGCCGUGCGCGAUGACUCUGAUGAUGUCGAACUCUGGAAUUGAUUUGACAAGUGUGCAGUGUUUGUAUAGUCCACUCUCUAUUUGAUUUUUCAUGACCCGAUAUUCAAAUUGCCCAGAGGGCGUAAAGGGAAUAUAUCUUUAUUUAUCGCUUUUACCAGUAAACUGUUUUGCUAACCGGCAGAGCAGUUGAAAUCAAAUUGUAAUCAGCAAUAUUUUAUUACUAGAUAUUGCAGUCAAUAUGGCGAUGACUUGUCAAAAUUCAACUUGAACUUUAAAACACUCUCCACACGGUCCUUAUGAGAUUUGGAUUUAAAAUUCGUGUAGUGUUACAAGUACUCUCGAUUAAGUAGGGUCAAAUUGGCUAUCUUAUAUCGAUUAUAUUUGAAUCUUUUGGCAUUAAAACAUGCAACAAUCAUGUUUUAUAAUUUUGUUCAAAUUAAGUGCAGCAUAAUAUUGCUCAUUAAUGUUUUUAUAAAGAUAAUAUUGUCAAUUUCUGUUGCAACUUAAUAAUAUUAUUAAUUAAGCCAGAUGGGGAAUAUAGAUGAAGAUGAGGGUUGGGGGUUGAUUUAAAACCAUGCAAGGUGCAUUCGAGGUCAGUGAAGGAUUUACAAGUGCCUAUAUUAACAAAUAAUGCCAACAGUGAGAAUUUUCUUUGUCACAAAGAAAAAGUUGUUGUUGUUGCUGCAAGAUUUUUUCAUUCUAGAAGUAAGACAAGGUUAAUGCAAUUGUUUUCAGUCGAAGUGGUCAUUUACUUUGUGAGGUUAUGUGAGUUGCAUGCCUCAGGGGCCUGAAAAGAGAUAACAGGGAUGGGAAAGAAAUUCUCCCCUUUUAUGCUUCACUUUAUUUCGAUCCCUUCCUUUCAGAUAUCACUUGGUAGCAUGAUUCUCAGACGUCCGAGGCCAUUCAUGGAAGGGACCACAAACGACCUCAGACGUCUCAGAAUUAGGCUAAUCACUUGGCAGCUCAGAAUGAUAGCAGCUAGCUGUAAUGCAAUUGAAUUGUCCCUAGAGUGAAAAGUCCUUCAAUUCCUUCAUAUAGUAAGUGGGUAUGUGCUACUGCCCAGCUGCAAUGGAGCUGGUUUAGAUCUGGAAAUGGGUCCUCCUAAUAAAGUUUUUGCCUACAAGUUGAUUUGCCUAUACACUGAUAUUGAUCUGCCCAGUACAUGAUCUGAGCUGUUUUGCCUGCACUGAAGUUAUUUUGCCAACCUUUAAUACUUGAGGUACAUAAGACUUAGAAGCUUACCUGUAAUGAUUAGAAAACUCAAGUUUGCUCAUAGACCUCUUUCAUAAUGGCAGCCCACUUAUUUACUGUAUGUUAAUGAGUCUUCCUAGUCAUGUUUGAAACUAAGAAUUCUUUGGUAUUUUUUGUGCAUAUUAAUGAGGUCACAAAGGCCAAUUAUCAUACAUAUAAAUAAAUAUAUAUUAAUAGGCCACCAUUAUGAAAGAGGUCAAUAGUACAUCAUUAAAUGGAAUUAUCAUAAUUUGCUCCUUAACAAUUCUCACAAUAAACGUGAAAAGGCCAGAAAUUCAACAUUAAUUGUUGAGAUGAAAGGACAGACAACUUACCUGCAAAACCCUGAAGAACCCAAUGAGGAACCAAAGAAGUUCACAUUUGAUUUCAGUUACUGGUCACAUGAUGGCUUUGAAGAGAAACCUGAUGGCUACCUGGCUCCAACUGUUCCACAUUAUGCAGAUCAGGUAUGAAUGGCUAAAUGCAUAAAACUGAUUAUGAUAAUGAAAGAAAUAUGGUAUGAGUAUAACUCAAGGCUGGGCUCUAUAAAAAUAUAUAAGGGGGCGCGGUACUCCGAACCUGUGAAAUCCAGGGUGCCCAGUACAGGAUCUACUGUAAAUCCUCUAUUAAGCCCCCCCUCUCAGUAAGCUCCCCUCCUUUCUAAUACCCCCCCCCACCCUUUUCAGAGGAGGAAUGUUAAUAAGCCCCCCCUCUCUGUUAAUCCCCCCCUCCCCUUCAUCCUUAUUCUUCACAAACAAUUAACGUGGACUGAUCAGUUAUGGUUUAUUCAGGCUUGAAAUUCAUAUUGUUUUUAGUCUUUGGCCUCAAGACCUCCAACUUCAUUUGCUGAACUUUUUCAACUUUAUGCUCUAGUUCUCUAUGGAGAAUUGUUACCAUUUUCUUUUUGUUAGAAAAAGCAGUAUAGCGCGCGGUAACCACAAGUCCGUCCUCGAGAAACCUUGCUGCCAUUGAUGCAUUUUGCUAAAUUAAAUAAGCUUCUCCUCUCUAUUAAGCCCCCCCUUAAAAGUGUUUGAAAAAAAUAAGCCCCUCGGGGGGGGGGGGGUUAAUAGAGGAUUUACGGUAUUUAAAAAAGCAAAUAUCUUCUGGUUGCCCAGGAGCAAAAUUUAAAUGCCAGCUGGGGCUACUGGGCACUACUAGAGCACAGCCUUGUAACUGCAUUUGACAUCAGGAGAACGCAACCUUAACUCAACCUGUGAGAAACAUGGGCACGAACAUUAAGCAGAAAGCAACUCAAAUUUUGAAUGGGUCAUGCACUGGAAGUGGAAAUACGGCAUAGACCUUAGACUUCUUAUUCCAAGAGCUUGUCCCUUUGGAUCACUAGUGCUUUGGAGAACAGAAUGUUUUGAAAUGCCAUGGGGCUCGACAUUGAGAACACCAAUAAUUAAGAAAAUUUACUGUUGAAAUGACAACAGACAUAAUCAGCAGUCCCUCGAUCGUCACCCCUUUUCCUUGUUUGUAUCCGGUUGCAGAUUGGUUGAAGGAGACUAGCAUGGCAUCAUCCCCAAUAUUCAUCUCGUACACAAUUUUAUCCCUUGCUAAUUUUUUUAAAGAAAAACAAAAGCAAAGACUGUGGAUGAGUCAGUUUAAGUAAUUUGUACACAUAGCACAUCUUAUUGUGUUGCAGAUGAAAGUGUAUAAUGACCUUGGCAAGGGGGUCCUGGAUAAUGCUUGGGCGGGGUUCAACACUUCACUGUUUGCUUAUGGUCAGACUGGAUCUGGAAAAUCUUGGUCAAUUGUCGGUUAUGGUGCAAACAAGGGUAUGUAAUAAUCAUGCAGACCUUAAUCUUCAUUGGCUCAGACCCUAGGCAUGAUUUUUCUUGGAUACCUCCUGGGUCACAUGUUAGUCAUUCUAUGUUGUCUUGGAAUAUCGUAAAGGCAGCUAAGGAUGAAAAUUGUUUUUAGUGGGGGUGGGCUGGGGCAGGGAGGGGUUGCACUUCCCCUACAUGGCUAUAGUUUCCAAGUCUCUGGGUAAAACUGAUUAAUUUACAGAAAGUGUAUAAUCUACGUUAAUAACGCUAUGAAACAUUUACCUCUCAAUGUAAAUAUUCCUUUGAAUAAAAUUAUUUUGUCUUGUUCACAACUGUAAUGUUGUCAGAUUACAAGUCAGACCUCUUCACCUACAUGCCAUAUUGUUAUGUCCAUUUUUUUAAAUGGCUGAGAGUUUAUUUUAUCAGUACAGGUAUCUUCGCAAUAAAUGACCAUAUGAUAGUGUGGGAAUUAAGGCCCUUUUAAAAAAGUGACCCUGAAAUUUCAAACUCCCCUUUUCGUUUUGCUGUAAAGUACAUCACAAUUUAGGAGGAGAGUCCAACAGUUUAUCCGAAAUCACUGAAUGAUUUUUCCAUAGUAUUCUUCAGUGAUAUAAUUAUAAAAUUAAAUAUUCCUUCAUUCCAUUUAACAUAGGUAUUGUGCCAGUCUUUUGUGAACAAAUAUUUGUGGGAAUAGAGGAGAAAAAGCAAAGUGGCGAUACAGGACAGUAUGAGGUAACGAAAGGAUCUGAAAAAUAUAUUCCUAUUAAUCAAUUGGAUUCAAAUUAAAAUAAAGCUUUAUAGACAAAUUGAAGACUUGUGUCACUUGUGUAUUUUGUGCAGAACUAUCACCAUUGACAUAAUCUGAAAGAUGCCUGGAGAGUUUACUAAAAGUUCUUGAGAAUUCUUCUUUAAAAUGAUCAUUAUUUAACUGGGCACACUUUCAUGUCAUUAAUUUAUUUUUUUAUGUCACAGUGUAAAAUAAAAUGGGAUUGAAUAACACAUGGUUUUGUUGUAGGGUUUUUAUACUGUACUAAUGUUGACAUAUAUAUAAAGAAGUGAAGGCAUAAGGUGUACUUUUGAUACCCGACAUUUCAUGUGCUGUUAGGUGCAUUUUAAACACACAAGUGCUGUAUCAUAACUACUGGCUUAGUUUAAAUGUUGACAAUUGUUGUUUACUUUUUAAGGUGGUGUUUAGUAUGCUUGAGAUCUACAAUGAAAAAGUGCGUGACCUUUUGAAUCCUUCAAACAGCAAAGGAGGCCUGCGUGUCCGUCAACACCCAAAAAAAGGCUUCUAUGCUGAUGGUCUUAAAACUGUGCCAGUGAGUAAAUACAAAGAUAUCGAGCAGCGCAUGGAAGAAGGAACAAGAAACAGAACAGUGGCGGCUACUAAUAUGAAUGCCACAAGCAGGUGCAUGGCCUAAAAUUUUACUUUGUAAGAUUAACAAGUGCAUCUCAUUGUAUGGAAGAUGGGUGUCUGGGAUGUCUAGGGGCCUCCACUGUCCCCAGCAAGCACUUAGAUAGAGAACUGCUCCCAUAACAGACAAAAUAUACCCCAACAAGCCAGCCAUGAUCCUCUACACCACACUCAGUUGUCCAGCACUCAUCCCGCUUCAAGGGGAGGGAAGGGCGCAAAAAUGAAAAUGAAGAACACAUCUAGUGAACUAGUCGGCGAUUAGAUCAUACUAUUUCCCGCUCGCCCAAGAUAAGGUCUCUUUAAAAAUGCAGCUAGGAAUUGUUUUUUAACCUCUGUCAAUGCAUCUUUGAAUAACACCCAAACUCUUAACCAGGCGCGGAUCCACACCAGUUUCCACCGUUCCACAGAAAUCGGUCAUAUUUUCAAUUAAAAAAACUCUCCAAGUUGAAAGUUUGCCAGUAUCACAAAAUGAAAAUUGACCUUGAAAUAAUCCUCUGAUUUGCAAGGCUUCAUCCGAGGACAAAGGAACUGGCUAAUGUCCCUUCUGAAGGACUCAGAGACCCAUGAGAGAGGACUUUAAAAGGAAGUUAAAAUCCAAAAAAUAUCCUGCGGGAGCAUACUCCAGACCCCCCCUCGAAGCUUUCAUCCUCAGCUUUUCGAUAGGAAAUCAGUCAGUAUUUAUCCUAGAUCCGCACCUGUAAACACUACUUAUUGUUUUUCCUGUGCUGACUUUUUUAGUCGUGCGCACACAAUAGUAGGUGUGACCUUCACACAGAAGAGGAAAAAUGAAGCUGGUGAAGAGACGGCAAAAACAUCGUUAAUCAACCUGGUGGAUUUGGCCGGAAGGUGUGUGAUUUUUCUUUCACUGAAAUUCUAAAAGCUUUUCGUUGUUGAUGCAGAUUGUGUACGAGUUCUACUUUUAGUACACAUAAAAACUGUAAAUCAUGUGCCGCCCAUUAAGAUUGCAGGGUCUUAAGCUCUAUACAUUGUAUCUUUUAAAAAGAGACCCUUUGUGGCAAUCUCCCAUGAGGGUUUUGCUUUCUGCGUUGUCACUUAAACAGGAGAUGCAACUAUGUGAGUAUAAAGAACCUUAGAAUCCUUUAUAGUAGAGUGUGGGUGAUUAUUAUAUUUGUUGUUGCUCCUUGAUAAGUGUCUGAGAAUUAACUGAGGCAAAACUUUAAAAGUCAAUGACAACAUUUACCUUUCACUGGUCAUAAAAAAAGCAAGUUGCUGUUCCAGAUGUUGGUACAAUAAAUAAUAGUUUGGUUUUGGUUUUGAACAGUGAACGUGCAGAUUCUACUGGGGCCACAGGAGACAGGCUUAAGGAAGGAGCAGCCAUUAACCAGUCAUUAUCCAGUCUGGGAAAUGUCAUUGCUGGUANACCUUUCACUGGUCAUAAAAAAAGCAAGUUGCUGUUCCAGAUGUUGGUACAAUAAAUAAUAGUUUGGUUUUGGUUUUGAACAGUGAACGUGCAGAUUCUACUGGGGCCACAGGAGACAGGCUUAAGGAAGGAGCAGCCAUUAACCAGUCAUUAUCCAGUCUGGGAAAUGUCAUUGCUGGUAUGAAUGUUAUUUGACAAGUUUGCCGAACUUUUAUAUUUUCAUAUUGCACUUGAUCUGUCCCAUUUCUAUUUGAUAAAUCUUUAAUCUGUUUUCCAUUCAUUCCACCUAUUUUUGCUGUUCCACUGAAAUGUACUUUGUAAGAUUUGUGGCUUCUCAUUUUUCUGUUUCUAAUUUCAUCCGCCUCCUAUUCACUUCCCAUCCAUUCCUUUUUUGCCCACUUUUUUAGUCAACUGUGCCUUUCUUAGUUGACUUUUAUCUUUCUAAAACACAUCCUUGUUGUUUGCCUUGCAACAUUUUAACAUCCACAAUUCUUUUAUUGAAUUGUAGCUCUUGUAGACAAAGCAAAUGGAAAGAAUGUCAGAGGUAGGUCACAAUGUCCUCAUACUCAUUAUUAUCAGUCCUCUUAGCACCCAUUGACACAUAGGGCAUAGGCUGUCACUUGAACUAUUCUGAGUGUGAACACUUCUAUUCCGUUGUUAUCAUUUUAUACUAAUUUAAAAUCACUUGUUUUUAGUUCCCUUUAGAGACUCCGUUUUGACAAAACUUCUGAAGAAUGCUCUUGGAGGAAACAGCAAGACUAUGAUGGUGAGAAUGACGUACAUUGGUGAAGAAAGAAAAAAAGCCAUUUUCGAUUUUUUUGUUCCCAAUACAUCACCCUAGCUGCAUCGCUUACAUCCGGGCUAGUCCCUGACACUGCUCACUGUAACCUUCCGGGGGGUACCCCCUAUAAAAGUGACAGGGUGCUCGUCGUACCUUUUAGGGGUUUAAAUUUGUCGAUUGGUACCGCUUAGGGUGCUAAAGCAUAAAAUGACCGCUGCCAGAGUUGAUACGCUUUAUUAGGAUAAAGAUUUAUGACCAUACUUUCAAGAAGUCCUUGAGAAGAAAGCGUUCGAGAGUUAUCGUCAUUACUAUUAGAAUUUGCAGUGCCAGUUAUAUAAUUUGUUGUCGUUGAAUUACUUCCCCUUAGGGGUGGAAAUGAAUUUGGGACACGCCCAUAAAACAAGAUUCUGGUACCUUUUAGGGGUGUUCCGACAUUUUCCGACGAGCAACCCCGUCACUUUCCUCAUAUGAUGGCCCAUCAGGAGUUACGAUUAUGCCAUCUGUUAUAACGUAGCCUGUGCCGCAGACGAAACUCUUGUAAACUCUGGUUAAGUCCGUCUGCGAAACAGCGCCAAAAUCCUUGUUCUUGGCCCUCACCUGUAUACCAGGAUUUGAGUACGCGGCAUGAUUGGCCUGUUAAAAAAGCCAUUGUCGAUUUGCCAAUCAAGAUGACAGAAAAUUCGAUACGCUCUUCCGGUAAUUCAUUGAGACCUUUGGGUCCAGAACAAGGAUAUCAGCGCUUCUUCGCAGACGUUACUAACCGAGGUUAAAUUUCGUCUGCGACCCAGGCUGUCAUAACGCAGAACAGAAAUGUCUUCAGCCCAAUAUGCGAUCUUUUACUACCUUAAUAUCAAAGGAUCAGUUAGUGUCUCGACUUUUCCCUUGUCAUGCAGUGAGAGGACGUUGUAAAAGGGAAGUAUCACCUGAUAUGCAUUGUGUUUAAUGACUGUCCUUACUUAGAUUGCUGCUAUCAGCCCAGCAGACAUCAACUAUGAUGAAACACUGUCAACAUUAAGAUAUGGUAAGUUUUUUUUCUGCCUGUCUUAAUAGAUUUCUUGCAACGUUUUGUCAACUUCACACAUAAUCAUUUUGAACAUUUUAACAUAAAAUAUGAUGCACAAUCUUUCAAUUUAUAGCUGACCGUGCGAAACAGAUCAAGACGACAGCUAAAGUGAACGAGGAUCCUACAGAAAAACUGAUUAGAGAGUUAAAAGAGGAAAAUGAGAAACUCAUGGAAAUGUUGAAGAAAGCGCAGUCAGGGGAGGCUGUGAAAUUAUCGGCAGAUGAUGAUGACGAUGAUGACGACGAAAGCCAGAAAGAGGGUAUGAGCGAGGAAGGUAAGUCCAGAACAUGUUAUUUGGGUGAAUUUGUCUACUUAUCGUUGUCCAUCGCUGCUCUCUUAGGCGAAUGGAGUAUUAAAAAAUUCACCUGAGGAUUCUGCUCAUUGAUCUGUUUGCUGUUUGCCAUUUUCAGAAUUGGCGGAGCUCAGGAAACAAAUAGAAGAGGAAAUCAAAGCUUCAGUAAGCCAUUCAUUACCUGCAAACAACAAAUGAUUAUUAAGUUAUCUUUUUUGAGGCCGAUACUGACCCGUGCUUUUUUUUUUUUACUUAAAGAUGGCUCAGACAGAACGCGCAACUGAAGACAUGAGCAAAAACUGGGACGAUCGAGUUGCAGAGUCCAAUCAGGACGCUAAGGUAUAACUAGCCCCUAAUCACCACUUGCACGACGCGUAAAUGUUCCUUUUUAAUGUGGUGAUAAGAUAUUGAAAACUUAACAUACACACGGGACAAAGUGUUUCAUCACAUUGCAAACACCAAGUUGAAAAUAAGACGCCUACCAGAAUAGCUUUGACCGACUUCGACGGUGGUCACACAUUCAGUGACUUUGUACGAUUUCGUCCACAGGCUCAGAAGUUUGAGUCACCUUGUACAGUAUAGUAAAAAGUAGAAAUAGAACGUAUUACCCAACAGUUUAGAGGUACCCAUCACUUAACACGGCAUCGAGAUGUUGUACUUUCAGUGAAUGACUCUCUCUUUAGCCAGUCCAGUUCAUAUCAUGAGUAUUGUUUCUCUAAUCUGAAGGACAAUGAGGCUGAGAAAAAGGAGCGCCAAACGACCCCUCAUUUGUGGAAUUUGAACCCAGAUCCUCAGCUGACAGGAAUGAUUGUGCAAAUGAUAAAACCUGGUAAGUAUAAUUGUCUCGUUGUAUCAACCAAACAACUUGACAUUUCGAGAGAGCUUGUAACUGAAAGCUGUAUUAGGAUGUAUUAUUUGUAAAUGGAAUUAAAACUUGGAUUUUGCGCUUGCGCACGCCCUACUUUUAGCCUGCAUCGCAAUGAUAGGAAGAGCCAGCCUGAUUUUCAGCUUGACGCGAAGCAUUUUCACGACUUAUAUACAAGCUUAAGAGAUAAAAAAAUGAUUAAUCCUCUUUUAAACGGUGUACAAAACUUCAUNGUGAAUGACUCUCUCUUUAGCCAGUCCAGUUCAUAUCAUGAGUAUUGUUUCUCUAAUCUGAAGGACAAUGAGGCUGAGAAAAAGGAGCGCCAAACGACCCCUCAUUUGUGGAAUUUGAACCCAGAUCCUCAGCUGACAGGAAUGAUUGUGCAAAUGAUAAAACCCGGUAAGAAAAUUUAUCUCGUUGUAUCAACCAAAGAACUAACCAUUUCGAGAUUCCCGCCACCGUGUAAUAUCCUCUAUGUAUUAGAGCGGUUUUCACUUGACUGUCGAGAGUAAUUGGUUUUGGUUUUGGUUUUGGUUUUACUACGCCCUUUGGUUGGCUAGUGUAUUUACUUUGGUUCUGGUUUUACGACAGUCAAGUGAAAACCGCUCUAUUUGUAAAUGGAAUUAAAACUUGGAUUUUGCGCCUGCGCAUGCCCUACUUUUAGCCUGCUUCGCAAUGAUAGGAAGAGCAGACUGAUUUUCAGCUUGGUGCGAAGCGUUUUCACGAGUUAUAUUCAAGCUUAAGAAAUGAAAAAAAAAUAAUUAAUCCUCUUUUAAACGGGUACAAAACUUCAUUGGCCUAUCCAUCUAUCAGUACCCAAUUUUGAUGCGCGAAAAUAUAUGUACUUUCCUGGAAAAUGUAACGCUUUACUUUCCUGCUGCUACUGUUUUAGAGAAAUUAAUAUUGUUGCAUGUUGUCCUGAUAUCAUUACUUUCCUUUUCCUUUCCACUUUAGGAGCUGUGAAAGUUGGUAACAAAAAAGCUGAUCCGCCAGUAGAUAUUGCUCUCGUUGGAUUGAAGUAAGUUGUUGUAAAAGAACUGUAAAUUAAAUUCUUGCCAUAACGUUAAUAGUAGACCCAACAGCAUUAGAGAAUUGUACGUGCUCUCCUUGUACCAGUGUUCAAAAGAUGUGCUGUUUAGAGAUGGACGUGCGUCCUUUUUUUUACCAAUGUCAUUGACGUCUGGGUCAAUUCAUAUUUGGUUUAGUAUUCAGAAGGAACACUGCGAAAUCAAGAAUGAGGAUUCUAAGAAGAUCACCAUCAGAGCCAUUGGUGACGCCAGAGUUCUUGUAAACGGUGAACCAGUGGAUGAUGACGAAGAGGAAGAACUACAUCAUCUUGACAGGUAUUUCUUGGGUGGUUGUUAUUGUCAUACAAUAUUUUACAUUGUUUUCUAAAUAAGGCGAGGCACAUCAUCGUUGUAUUAUUGGUUGGUUUUAAAUGUUGUUAGCUCAUCACAACGGUCGACGGGCCUUGUAUUCUCUUUAUUAACAGCACCUUGGAUUCCACUACGUCGCCUUCCAAUAGACGAAGGGGGUGAAGGAGGCAAAGGUUACCGAAUGUUCUUACCACCCUGGUCAUUAGGGAGGCCAACACUUGAACCAACGACCUCUCACAAGGCUAGAGACGAUCACUCUGCCAUUAACUUAGCUAUUAAACCCGACCGAGGAAAGGGAUGUGUAAACCUUGAUCACUAUUUCUAGCACAUCUGGUCUCUCUUUCUCAGUAGUUGUUUUGUUUUCCUUGUCAGGGUGAUGUUUGGAACAAGCCAUUUGUAUGUUUUUCACCAUCCGGCUGAAGUGGAAUCUUCUUCUGUAAAACAGGCGGAUAUUACGUACGAAAUGGCUCAGGAAGAAAUCGCCAAAAAUGCCGGACUUGAUGUGGAUGAUCAGGAAGAAUCCAAAAGUGAUUCAACUUUUUUUCUCUACUAAGAACUUGACAAAGAAGCUUACCUUGUUGCCUAGAGGGAAAAUGAUUGUUGCUAUUUGGAUUAAAGGUGUUUGUUAUUAUUCCGCUAUAGAAGCAAUGUUGUUACGUGAGGACCUGGCUGACUUGAUGCCCAUGGUGAAUGAAGCGAAUGCUAUUAGUCAAGAGUUGGAUAGGAAGGUAAAUUACAAUGCUACACUAUCAUAAACGGUUAACGGUCAUCUCGCCCCCAAGAAGUCGACUCGUCGCCUAUCAAGACGCUUCCAACUGUGUAGCCUGCGUAGAUUGGAAAAUUGGGAGAGGGUCAAGUACCCCGGGUAUAGCAAUCCAGGGUUCGACAAGGGUUAUCAUCUGAGAUCUAGGUGAGUAGACUGUGUUUCUUGGUGGCGAGUCUACUUCUUGGUAGCAAUUUCGGAUACCUCAUAAACAGAUUAAGUGGACUGCUGUUGAGUUUGUUUUCUGCUUGUCUCGUACCAGGUUCUGCCACAUAUAAGUGCUCUGGUACAUGGGUGUUAUUCGUUGAGGUCCUCGCAGUGUUUAAUGAUCCUGGUUAAUUUUUGCUACUUUGCAGGCUUCGUUUGAAGUUGUAGUUGUUUCUGCUAAAGCUCGUGGACUCCCUGAUGGAAGGCCAGAGGUAAGUGUCGAGGAAAAUGAUUUUGGAAGGCACAUUUUCGGAUCUGCAUUUCUUAAUGUGUUGUAUUUGGGUUUUACUUUUUUCUACAUCAUAAUGUUACAGAAACGCAGGAAAACAUCGGAGAAAAAAAUUAAACUACAACAAACAUUUACAGAUUAUGUUAUUGGAAACUCCUCCCGUCAUUGAACAACAGAUUGUGGGACGAAAUGGUACACGUUUUUAGCCCGCUUUGCAUAGGGUCCCCGAAAGGGUUAUUCAAUCCCGUAAUCCCGAGGGUUGUUUUCGACAUCCCGCUUCCUGUGCGUACUUUAAAUCCCUAAUCUCGCCCCCAUUUUGCUUUAAAUCCCGAAUCCUGGCCGAUCCUGGCCCUAAAAUAAGGGAAUCCCGGAUCCCGAAAAACAUAUAUGGGCGACCCUCUUCAUAGAGUGGUAUCUGUCAGUAUUAUCCAAGUAUUGAGUUCAGCGUCUAUCUAUAUCUAUUCAGCCCUACGUAGUUAUGAAGGACUUGCAAAGCGGUGCAGAAUACCUGUGGUCUCGGACCAAAUUCAUCAAUCGCAAGUUUGUCAUGCAAGAUAUGUUUGAGAAUUAUGAGGAUGGCGAUGAUUGGCAGCUACCAGAUGAGAAGGAUCCCUUCACUGAGAGUGCGGAUGCCGAGAGUCUUAUAGGUUGUGUGGAAGUUUCCAUGCAAAGUCUUGGAUAUGUGGUGAGUUGAAAUUUGCAAAAAGGAUAGUCUGAGAAAACAGCCGACAUUUGGCGACGCUACCACUAGUUUCCCCGUCAAAUGAUGUCUGAGAAGCGAGGCCAGAAAUUCCAUACUCAUGACGCGUCACUACCCAGAUCUGGGUAGUAACGCGUCAUCAGUAUGGAAUUUCUGCGCUCGUUUCUCAGACGUCAUUUGGCGGGGAAACCAGUGGUAGCUUUGCCAAAUGUCGGCUGUUUUCUCAGGCUACAAAAAGGAUAAACUAUUUUAAUUCUGAUUUAGUAUAGUUCUCUCCAGUUAAGGACAGCUUUUUACAUACGACACAAACAUAAGCACAAGACGCAAAAGCAUAUAGGUUCGCUUACCUUAAUGAAUUUGUUUACUCGGAUGUCUUAAUUCCCUGUGUAACUUUUCUUUCAGCUGGACAUGAGAGAGCAGCUUAGUAUCACGGACUACAAAGGGAGAGAAGUUGGCUACUUAAAUGUAAGGAGACAGUAGAUUACACCCAUAUGUUUUAAGCGCAAUGUAAGUAUUACUACGUUCCUUUUCUCAUGUUGUGCCGUUGUAGGUGGAAGUGGUACCGUUAAACGAUAAGGGAAACGAAAUCACAGAGGACGACGAUAUAUUCAUAGACGAGCCCCAACAACUGGUGAGCAAUUCAUCACGUUCAACUCAUGGCUUUAUCACUUACGUUCAACAGAGAUUAAAGACCAACAAUUCUUAAGCGUUCGUAGUACCACAUAUAAGGUGUAUUGACAUCAUAUAGUUAAUACCUCUCGCAUCUCUAUUUUCUGUAGGAAGGAAAGAAACUGGAUUUCGUGGUACGCGUGCACAGUGCAAAAGGAAUACCAAAACGAUACACGGUAGGUACUAGUGAAACUAGGGGGGAGAGGGGCACUUUCUUCUUUGGCCUAAAUGGGUAUGUGCCGCUGAACAGGAUAUGCUUUUCAGGGUCUUGAGCCUUAAACGGUGUACACAAUUUCACUAUUUCCCUUCUUGAACAUGGUGCCUUUUUGGAUCAGACGGCUCUAAAAGAGUGUUAAGGUUAGCGAUGAGCGGUCUACAUUUGUGGUAUGAAGUUUGUUUAAAAAAGUAACUUAAUUCUGUAUGCAGAGCGAAACGAAUCAGGGUCAUUAAGUACGAUCUCUUGCAGCAAAAUGAACAAUUUUAGUCUUAAACAGGGUAAGGCUGUGAAGGUCCUGGCGGCUCAACAGUCCAAAGGUGAUGUUACACGAGACGAUUCGUAACGGCUAUUUUUUGUACAAGACAUCAUUUCAACAUCGUUGCCACAGUGUUUCGAAUGGUUGCAACAUGGUUCCAACAUUGCUAAGCUGUGUUGCGCAAAAAAGUCGUCGUUGCGAAUCGUCCCGUGUAACAUCACCCUAACUCUGUUUGCUAACGUUGUCUGUGCACUUUACAACUGAAUGUAUUAUGUUUUGUUGUUACAGGAUGUAUACUGCAAGUAUUCCAUGUACCUUGAAGAUGACAUUAAGACCAAAGUGAUAUCAGGAACAAGGAAUCCUGAAUUCAACUACGAGAGACGGUUUACCUUUGAGCAGUGCACACCCAAGGUAACGAAUCUGUUCCCGGAUAGGAAUGGUCGGUACUUUGAGGAGACCAAAGUCACAAUUUGUAGUCUGCAAAUCUCAGGCCAUAUUAAUCUGUUUGUAGCUGUCGGUAACUUCAGAAAACGUUUGGAACAGUUGUUCUGUAGACCUGACUCAUCAUCUCAUUAAAGCUUCUGUCAAACAGCUUCAAACGGCACAACAUUUGCUCUCGUUCCCAGUCGUCCUCGGCGAUUUCGGAUGUGACGUCACCUGUCAAGCUUGUCGGGAAAAUCCGCCGAGGACGCCUCGCGCUAUCGCGCUCGGUUUCAAGCCUUCUCUGGUCACUUGGAUAGCGCCAACUGGCCUGGGUAUAACGCUGAACCCCAUCAUAACAAUGUUGCAAGACCCUGAGAAGGCUUUCUUUUGUUCUUGAAAUGGAGAAACUGACCCGCUCUAACUGCUUUUCAUGACAUUGGACAAAGGAAGGCAACACUUCUUCCUCGACUCUCUCUUUUCAAAUACCGUAAAUAACCUAAGAAUCGCCCGGGGCGUCUAUUUAAUUUUAGGGGUCCAAGCGGGGGCGUUUAUUUAGUAGAGACUGGCGUUUCUUCUCAUAACUGUAACAAGUUAAACAAAACUAAUAUGCUUUCGGCGAAAACAUCAAAAGAGCUUAGAAAUUGCGGAAUAUCCACUCCAUCAAAACGUCAUCACUCCGUCUAAAACGUCUAGAUAUCCAUAUCGCUCUUUCAAAUCCCAACAUCGAUAUCCAAAUACUCGCUCAGGGUUAUUGUGUUGCCAUCGGUAUUGAACAAGAUGAAAUACGCAAAGCCUUGUUAAUCAAGCAAGAAACUGAAUGAAUUGAAUGAUUUCGCUCCUUUUUACUGACUCCUAGUAUUUUGGAGCAAUUCUCAUAGGGGGCGUCUAUUAGACAGCGGGCGUUUAUUAGAGAGUGGCGUCUAAUACAACUUUAACAGUGUAGAGGGGGCGUUUAUAAGAUAAGAGGGGUUUAUAUGGAAGUGGGCGUUCUUUAGGUCAUUUACAGUAAGCAGUACCACGUAACUUUGCCGCCGUCUUGAUUUUGGGUAAUGCCACGUGCCGCGUCGCGCAUGGAACAAGUACUCGUGCAUAGGCAGGUUACCUAAUUUUCUUUUCUUUCGUAUUUAUUUAUGGUCAAAAAUAUUUGGUCAAAAAUUGUACUUAUGUUGAAACAAUGUUGCAAGUGUUUGACUAGGGCUUUAGUUGUUUUGUAGAUUGCAAAUUAAAAAGUUACACCAUUCAUUUUUUAUUGUUUCUGUUGUUUUUCCUUUGAUUUGUUUUAUGACAGUUUAUCAAGUUCCUGAUGGAGAAAUCAGUCAUGGUUCAGCUGUGGGGUAAACAAGUCGUGGAGAAGAAACCGGUGAACAAGGCAGCUAAAAAGGGAAAAGAUACCAAGGCCAUAAUGAGGAAGGAAACAGUUAAACAAAAGGUAAGAAAGAGCAUCAGGCAAGAAUGGUGAUUACAGUACUGUUCACAUCGAAAAGACGACGUAUGUAGAUUUAGUNUGAUUUGUUUUAUGACAGUUUAUCAAGUUCCUGAUGGAGAAAUCAGUCAUGGUUCAGCUGUGGGGUAAACAAGUCGUGGAGAAGAAACCGGUGAACAAGGCAGCUAAAAAGGGAAAAGAUACCAAGGCCAUAAUGAGGAAGGAAACAGUUAAACAAAAGGUAAGAAAGAGAAUCAGGCAAGAAUGGUGAUUACAGUACUGUUCACAUCGAAAAGACGACGUAUGUAGAUUUAGUAAAGGCCAAAAGCAAAACUGAAGCCAGAAGCAAACUGAAUUCCUCCUGAAAAAUGAACCUGAGCUUGCGGCGGACUUAAAAAAAACAUUCACCUCAAUGUUUUGAACGCCUGAGCCCCCGACACAGUCAUGUGACAUUGGUCAGCGGAUACCCUAUUUUGACACCUGUCAAUUGACCUUACCAUGGAUGUCCAAUAUCAAGUUAAUCAAACUAAGAUUGUAUAGGAGAGAGAAUAGUUAACAUCGUGGGGCAAAUUACAAAAAAUGUUAAGGGCUUCAGUUUCUAGAAAUGGAUGUUUCAGGGACCAAUAAGAGACUUCACAGAACGCAGAAUCUAUAAAACUGAAAUUUGGAGGACCCAACCUCUCUUAUUUGGGGGGAUCUGCUCCUAUUUAAAUGAUUGCUUGUGAUUGGCUGGGAAAACAAUAGGGAUUGUGACAAAACAAGGCGACCAAUGAAAUAAGAGGUUUAGAACGGUGAAGGUCAACCGGGGGUGCGGAAAAUGUACUCGGUAAUUCUUAAGUCAUCCUAGAACUUCAACUACUAUGACAAAUCACACCCGCUUUGUAUAAAUCUACUUGCAUCACUUCGCGGAUCUUUGAGUUAUAUUUAAAACUAACACACUGAACCUUGGACGUCCUGGGGCGAUUGUCAUCUUGUUCCCAUUCCCUUCAGCCCUGGCGCGCGCCUUCCUCCUUAAGACAUAAAAACUUAACCGGCAAGAGUUUGGGGUAAUUGAACGACCUUCCAUUUUAGGUUUCAUUGAAUCCACAAAUGGUGAAGGGCAUGGCGGAGAUGACCACCCUUAGAAAGCAAAACAAGCGACUUCAGGAUAAAAUGGCACAGCUUCGCCAGAUGUGCGAUAAACACCAGUCAGAAGGUCAAACAACUUUAGCGGUAUGUACAAUCACAGCUGUUCUCUGCUGAACCGAUGCAAAAAACGCAAUGAAAUAGGGCUUUAAUAGUCCAAUUUCGAUAUGUUAAAAUUAGAGUUGAAUCUCUUCACAACGGACUCCUUGGGGCAGAAGAAAGUGGCCGUUGUAGAGAGGUUUAAACAAGAGUCAAUGUAUGGACUGUCCGCCCAAAAAAGUGACCGUUGUAGAGAGGUGGUCGUUAGUGGAGGUUCGACUGUACUUGGCUCCGAGGCUUGGGGGAAUAAAACAAAAGAAAUGUAUUCCCUCAAGCCUUGGAGCCAAGUUGAUCUAUUAAUUUUUCGACACCGUUAGACAGUCUAAAGUCUCUGAAUUAAUCCAGCUCAAAGUCAAGGCUCUGUUUUCUCGUUUUUGUUUUCAGAUAACUGACGUACGAGCCAUCAUCGGGGAUACGAAUGCAAAUACUCAACCUGCUCCUAACCAGCCUUCGAACACGGCGGCCAAUGCUCAAAGAACCCAAAGAAAAGAGAAUACAGCGGAGAGCAGCGCAUGCGCAAUCUUGUAACUUAAGAAAAUCGCCCUCGCAAAGCACGUACUGUCGCAACAGACGGUACAAUUAACAGAAUGCCAGUCGUUUUACAGGCGUUUCAGUCAUACGUACGAAGAAAUCCAAGCGCUCAUUUCGGAAAAGAGUGCAAGUGAAAGAACCAAAUAACUAGAACCGAAAUCUCGUUAAAAAACAGUUAAUAAGGAGCUUAAGCAAAGACGUUUUUGAGCAACGCUCGUCACCCGGAAGGAGACGUUUUGCAUUCUUGGGUAGUGGUUUUGCCCAAGUUUGCGGGCAGAUCGUCUCUACAAGAGUAAAGAUACUUAGACUUAGCAAUACAAAUUGGCAGCGUCAAGACAUAUUAAAAGAGGAAAAGGCCUCCAGUUGACGUGCGUCGCCCAAAAACGUGUUGGUCCCAAAUAAUUGGUUCCGCAGACUUCCAAAGGAAGGCAGCGACAGCCGGUCUUUUGUUUCUCAACAUAGCAAUCACCUUUCGUAUUGGCUAUUUUGAGUUUGCGCUUGGGUCGGUGGUGUGUUUUGUUUUGUUGUAGGACUGUUUUGGAGUAUUAAUUUUAUAUUAGUAGUCGUUUGAGUCAAUAAAGAGGGCUAGCGUUCCCAAAACCGUCCCGUAAUACACCUCGACAAAAUACCGCCCCAGUCUCUACUCUCCAGUUUCAACCUUUCGCCGAGAAUUGACGUCUUUUGAAGAGACAAAGUAAUUACCUCGAACAGCGAUUAUUGCUUCGGCUUGAAAUUUUGCGGUCGUUCUUCGUGCGUCUUUUCAAGGACAGUACGAAGUAGCAUAACUAGUAAUUUUCCCGGGAAAAUAAUUGUACAUAGAAUUGCACACUACACGCUGGGUGCGUUUUGCAUCUCGGNUAAUUGGUUCCGCAGACUUCCAAAGGAAGGCAGCGACAGCCGGUCUUUUGUUUCUCAACAUAGCAAUCACCUUUCGUAUUGGCUAUUUUGAGUUUGCGCUUGGGUCGGUGGUGUGUUUUGUUUUGUUGUAGGACUGUUUUGGAGUAUUAAUUUUAUAUUAGUAGUCGUUUGAGUCAAUAAAGAGGGCUAGCGUUCCCAAAACCGUCCCGUAAUACACCUCGACAAAAUACCGCCCCAGUCUCUACUCUCCAGUUUCAACCUUUCGCCGAGAAUUGACGUCUUUUGAAGAGACAAAGUAAUUACCUCGAACAGCGAUUAUUGCUUCGGCUUGAAAUUUUGCGGUCGUUCUUCGUGCGUCUUUUCAAGGACAGUACGAAGUAGCAUAACUAGUAAUUUUCCCGGGAAAAUAAUUGUACAUAGAAUUGCACACUACACGCUGGGUGCGUUUUGCAUCUCGGUAAAUAACAAUAGAGUAGUUUCAGUUUGUAGAAAUGUUGUGGGUAGAUUACGACGGUGUGAAAAAAUAUUUAAUUAAAAG